AUGUCGCAAUUCACCAUUCAUACGUCGUCCUUGUUCGAUCCCAAGCUCAAGAUAUUCCGUCCCAAUGUCUCUGUCACGGUCGAUCCUGUCAGUGGCCUCAUUGUGCGUGUCUUUGAACGCGAUGCGGAGACACCAUUAUCCGAGAUCCUACAGCCUGGCGAUAUAGAUCUCAGUGGAAACGAGGCAGGAGCACUCCAGCAAAAGCGCGAUGAGAGCAUAGGAGAACGCAUGGUCCGAGCAGUUAACCACUGCCGCAUAGCAUUGCUAGCUGGGUACACGACCUAUAGAGACCUCGGCUCCGAAGGAAUGCAAGAUUUCGACGCCAACAUCCGCGACACCAUCGCUCGAGGCCUCACUCCCGGCCCCCGCCUGUUUGUAGCCACCAAAGUCCUCGCCAGCACCGGAUCCUUCGAAUGUCGGACAGAAAACAGCGCAGGGGGUCACUGCCUCCCCUCCAGUGCCGACGCAGUCGACGGUGUAGAAGCAUGUCGCCAGGCCGUUCGUCGCCGCAUAGCUGCUGGUGCAGACAUCAUCAAGUUCUUCGCCGAUUACCGAAGGAGAAUCAUGCGAUAUCCCCCUGCGCAACAACAGCCGUAUAUUGCGGGUGUCCUACAUCCUCCUAAAGAACCGAAUCCGGAUUACAUGGUAUUUUCGAAGGAAGAGAUGCAGACGAUCGUGGCAGAGGCGAAAUUGGCUAGAUGUCCGGUUUCAGCGCACUGUGCGACGCUUGAGGGUGCGAUGGCUGCCAUUGAGGCAGGAGUGUCCACCAUUGAGCAUGCGUAUCAUACUACAGAUGAAAUGUUUGAGCAGAUGGUGAAGAAGGGUGUGAUUCUGGUGCCGACGCUGGCUAUAGCGGAGAGAUUGCACGCAAGACGGUUUGAUCAGAUCUUGAGUGGGGUCAAGAGGGCGCAUGAGAUGGGAGUAAGGCUGGCUUGUGGUGGGGAUACUGGCACCUAUCCUCAUGGUGAGAAUGUUCGAGAGCUGGAGCUCAUGAUCCAAGCGGGUAUCCCACUGAGUGAGGUUCUAGAGGCUUGUACUGUCGGUGGCUGGGAGGCUUGCGGAGGAGAUCUGUGUGGUAGACGGUUUGGAUGGUUCGAGGAGGGAACUCAAGCGGAUAUCAUUGCUUUGUGUGGCAAUCCAGAGGAAGAUCCGGGGGCUUUGAGGAAGGUUGACUUUGUCAUGAAAGAUGGAAGAGUGUGGAAGAUUGACGGCUUACCCAAGGGCAUGUUCUAG